GGCGCCGCUCAAGCUCUCUCUUCGCAAACCUUCCGUGUUCGAUUUUCAAAUUGGCUGUUGCUCUACGGUAGUUUCUGAUACCGCCCUCAGCCCUAACGCCGUUCCCUCGCCGCCCCCUCGCCGUCCGUUGUUCCGGACGCCGGCUGCUAUGGGGAAAUCCAAACCUAAGGUUUUCUCGUCGUCGGCUGAUCAACCGAAGGCGGCAGUUGAUCGGUUCAAGAGCACAUCGGAACUACCUUUGGUGAAGGCGAGCGCUCUGGGAGUGUGGUAUGUGGACGCCGCGGAAUUAGGGACCAAGCUUUUGGGGAGUGAAGUGAAGAAGGUCCAGUCCAAGAGUGUGGAAGAGUGGAACAAGUUGGUUGCGAAGAAGAAGGAGCUCGCAGAGAGUUUGUUGGCCCAGUACGCGCAGGAUUUCGAAUCGUCGAGGGGGCGAAGUGGGGACAUUAAGAUGCUUAUGGCGACGCAAAGGUCCGGCACGGCUGCCGAUAAAGUUUCGGCCUUUUCCGUCACGGUGGCAGAAAAUCCUAUUGCGAAUAUGAAGUCUCUGGAUGCGCUAUUGGGAAUGGUGACAUCAAAAGUGGGAAAGCGUCAUGCAUUGACAGGAUUUGAAACACUUAAAGAAUUGUUUAUUUCAAGCCUGCUACCUGAUCGUAAGCUGAAAAAUCUCUUCCAGCAGCCACUAAAUCAUCUCCCUGAGUCAAAAGAUGGUUACUCCCUUCUACUUUUCUGGUAUUGGGAAGAAUGUUUGAAGCUGAGGUAUGAACGUUUUGUUUCUGCGCUCGAGGAAGCAUCAAGGGAUGUUUUACCUAUUCUUAAAGACAAGGCAUUAAAGAUCAUGUAUGCGUUGCUAAGGAGUAAACCGGAGCAGGAGCGCAGACUGCUCUCAGCUCUAGUCAACAAACUAGGGGAUCCUGAAAGUAAGGUUGCAUCCAGUGCUGACUUCCACUUAUCAAACAUUUUGUCAGACCAUCCAAAUAUGAAGGCUGUGGUGAUUGAUGAGGUGGACUCAUUUCUCUUUCGGCCUCAUCUGGGAUUACGAGCUAAAUACCAUGCUGUUAACUUUUUGAGCCAAAUUCGUCUGAGUCACAAAAAAGAUGGACCAAGGGUAGCAAAACGUUUGAUAGAUGUAUAUUUUGCAGUGUUUAAGGUGCUUAUUUCUGGGGCAGGUGGUGAACAAAAGGUGAACAAAAGCAGCAAAGCUGUGAAUGGAAAAAGUUUAGGUUCUUUCAACAACAGUAAGGCCGAAAGGUCAUCAGAAUCUCAUAUUGAAAUGGAUUCAAGGAUUCUAUCUGCUCUCUUAACAGGAGUCAAUAGAGCUUUUCCUUUUGUCUCAAGUGAUGAAGCAGAUGAUGUUAUUGAGGUCCAAAAUCCAGUACUUUUCCAGUUGGUUCAUUCACAGAACUUUAAUGUGGGAGUUCAAGCAUUAAUGCUUCUUGACAAGAUUUCAUCCAAAAAUCAUGUUGUCAGUGACCGGUUCUUCCGUGCCUUGUAUUCAAAACUCUUACUUCCAGCAGCCAUGAAUUCUUCCAAGGCAAAAAUGUUUAUUGGACUGCUUCUGAGAGCCAUGAAAAGUGAUGUGAAUUUAAAGCGUGUAGCUGCCUUCUCGAAGCGUCUAUUGCAGGUUGCUCUGCAGCAGUCGCCUCAAUAUGCAUGUGGAUGCCUUUUUCUCCUCUCUGAAGUCCUUAAAGCGAGGCCGCCCUUAUGGAACAUGGUGCUUCAGAAUGAAUCAGUUGAUGAAGAUCUUGAACAUUUUGAAGACAUUGUAGAAGAUGCUGAUGAUGAACCAACUGCAGCAUCAAAGAAACCAGAAAAUGCUGUUGAGAUUUUUCACAGCAAUGAUUCUGUGAAAUCGGAUGGUGAUUCCUCACAGGAUGUGGAUGAUUCUCCUGCCUCUUCUUCAGAAGACGAUGUUUCUGAUGAAGGGGAAGAGUUACUAGUGGGAAAUGGCUUGAAUGAUCGUCAGGAACCCAAAACAGUGUCUAAUCAUGAGAGACAUCAAUCUCCAGGUUCUGUUAUGAGGUCUUUCCUGCCUGGAGGAUACAAUCCGCGGCAUAGGGAACCUUCUUACUGCAAUGCAGAUCAUGUAAGCUGGUGGGAGCUUACAGCACUUGCUUCACAUGUGCAUCCGUCGGUUGCGAUGAUGGCUAGGACCCUUCUUUCUGGGGCUAACAUUGUCUACAAUGGAAACCCCUUAAAUGACCUGUCACUUGCUGCUUUUCUGGACAAGUUCAUGGAGAAGAAACCAAAGCAAAGCACAUGGCAUGGUGGUUCCCAAAUUGAACCUGCCAAGAAGCUUGACAUGAAUAACCAUCUAAUUGGAGCAGAGAUUCUGUCGUUGGCUGAAGUGGAUGUACCACCUGAAGAUCUAGUGUUCCACAAGUUCUAUGCAAAUAAAAUGAGUUCGUCAAAGAAGCCGAAGAAGAAAAAGAAGAAAGUGGUGGAUGAAGUUGGUGGAGAACUGUUUGACUUAGAUGGUGAUGGUGGUGAUGAGAGUGACGAGGAGGAGAUUGAGAACAUGUUGGAUUCCGUAGAUCAUGAUUUGGAAACAGAUGGUGCGUACGAUUACGAUGACCUGGACCGGAUUGCAAAUGAAGAUGAUGAUGAUUUGGUUGGUAAUGCUAGUGAUGGGGAGAUGGACAUUGCGUCAGAUAUGGGGGUGGGGGAUGACGAGGAGGACGGCGGUGGCAACAUGGUUGGCAAUGAGGAUGAUAAUGAACAAGGUGUUGCUGAUAUUGGGGAUGCAUUCGAGGGGAGGAAAAGAAAACGGAAGGCUGGGGGGAAGAGUGGGGCAUCCCCUUUUGCUAGUCUUGAGGAUUAUGAGCAUUUGCUUAACAAGGAGGACAGUCCUGCAAAACAAAAAUCUGCAGCCAAGAAGCAAUCCAAGUUGCGGAAGAAGGGUAAACGUUCCCAGUGAGCUGCUGCAUCGUAUUCGUAUACCUUCAUGGCGAAACAUUUCUCGAGGGAUGCUGUAGUAAGAUUUUGGUCUUUUAGUUACAAAAUGUCAAUUUUGAAGAAUAAUUUUAUUUAUAAUAUUUAAAUUUUAAAUUUAUUAGACAGAUUAUUUUAUCAUCACAAAGUAAAUAGGAGUCCAACUUGUCUUGUCACUUUGAAAAAUGUUGUGGGCAUAAUAUAUAUAAACUCUUUAUGCAAUGGGAAACUAUAUUUGUUGCCA